GUUUUGUAAUUAUUAGGAAAGCCCAAAUUCUAUAUAAUAUCUCACUCUUUCCCCGUCUUCUCUGUCUUUUGCAUUUUAUCUGCCUCGCUCGUUUGCUGUAUCAGAUUUGUGUUCUUGAAGGCGACAAUGCAGGCCAGUGAUCGGUUUAAUAUCAAUUCCCAGCUUGAGCAUCUGCAAGCUAAAUAUGUUGGAACUGGGCAUGCAGACUUGAAUAGAUUUGAAUGGGCAGUGAAUAUCCAACGGGACAGCUAUGCUUCAUAUGUUGGGCACUACCCCAUACUGGCUUAUUUUGCCAUUGCAGAAAGUGAGUCAAUUGGAAGGGAACGCUACAACUUUAUGCAGAAAAUGCUUUUGCCCUGCGGUCCUCCCCCUGAGAGAGAAGACGAGUAAGAGCUGCAGUCCCCCAAGGAGGAGCCUUCCAAAUUCUGUGCACUGACACAGGCCUUAGAAUUCUCUGUAAUAGUUUGGAUUCUUGACAAUGUGAUGGAUCUCCAAUGAAUUUAAAAGUACCAACUAAGCUACCAUACAUCAUAAGCUACUUGGAAGAAUUGAAAUCCAUAUUAUCUGUUUGUAUCCAGUUGACCUACUUCUCCCCAGAAUUAAUGAUGUAUUUGUUACUUUGGAUU